UGCAGUGCUCCUACCCCGCUGAAAAGGUCCGGCCUUCCAUACUGCCCCCUCUCUCCCCCUCUCUCUCUUGCUCGCUCGCUCGCUCUUUCUCAAACCUCGCCGGUCCCGAACCCGAAGCCCCAUUCCUCACUUCAACGCCGCGCACCGGAGCGCGCGCCCGGCUUGCCACUCUGACCGGCGUGGCUGGCGCUCCGUUGCUCCCCCGGCUCUCGCUAUAAAUAUAGUGCACGCGUGUCCAGCUAACCAGCCAGCCAGCCAUUGGAGGAGGUUCCAUUUCCUCUCUGUUUUGCUCUAAACUUCGAUCCACCCCGACCGACCGACCGACCGACCCCAGCGUCGUUGCCUCUCUUCCUCUUCUUCUUCAUCUUCUUCUUCUUCUUCUUCUUCUCUAGCUCGUUCUGUCUCCCCUGCCCCGUGCUGAGCCAGAUGGAGAAGGCGAGGAGGCCUCAGGUGCCGGCGUUCGGGGAGUGGAACUACUACUACCACUACGACGAGCCGGAGGCGGCGUGGUACGCCAUGCCGGAGCCGCAGGCCUGCAGCGACGUGUGGUUCAAGUACUCGCCGCCCCCGCGCAAGCCCGCGCCCACGCCCAAGAAGCAGCAGGCGAGGAGGAGGCGGCCGGCGGGCUGCGACGGCGUGUCCGGGGCGCGUCAGAGCGCGAGGCCGUCCUUGGACGCUGCUGCAACGGCCAAGGGCGUCGCCUCCAGGCGGGUGGUGCGGCCGGUCGACGCGGACCUGUACCAGGUGCCGCCGCCGGAGUUCACCCCCAACCGGCGGCCAGUUAAGGUUGCGCAGCAGAGGAGGAGCCUGUGGAUGAUGGGCUGCCUGGGCUGCGUCGCCUGAAGCCCUCAACCUCUCCCGUGCUGACCAGACACGGUCACUGGAUGCUGCGUGUUCAUACCGUAGCAGUAGUAUUUACAUUUUUCACUUUCACUUUCUCUUGUUGGUAGUAGUUUUUACUACGUUUUCGAGUUGGAGUUUUUAUCUUUUUUGUGCGAUGUGGGUAAACUAGGCAUUAACAUUUCGACCUUCUACCCCGUUUGUGUAAUACGGUGAGGUUUCGUUGUGAAUGCAACGUCUCUGCGGUAGCACGUUGGUACCACUACCACUCUUCAUUAGCCUGAAAAAGCA